AGAAUGUACUAAUUUCUAUACCUACCUAUAGGAAAACAAUUGGGUGAACAUCUGUGCAUCAAGCACGCAAAGAACACUUCAAGAACAACGAUGACAAGUGCUUAAAUAUACGUAAACCACGUACGUAGAAUUUGCUGUAAGUAGAUAUCCCAAAUUUUUUUUGGCAUAGAAAUUCGUCGUUGUUAUAUGCUGUUAGUAUCUCACUCGAAAAAUAUAUUUGUGUAAGUGCAUUAAUUGUAAAUCGAACGAUUAUGAUGAGUAGAUCAUUUGCUCCUCUAAGAAUUAUUCUAACCUUCAUGCUGGUUCAGACAACGACAAAAGCAAGGCAACUGCGGGAACCAUACAGCAUUGACAUCAAUUCAUCACUGACCUGCGUACUGUUCGGUACCACCGGCUGUAACAUCGAAUGCUCCAUCACACAUGAACUUUAUGGCCACCAAACCUACGGAAAAUGUAUUGGAAACAACAAUUGCUAUUGUAACAGAUACUAUAAUAUAAACAAGCCCGUUGAGCUAUACGACGCAUGGAGGAAAAAAUUCGACGACGAUUACGUUUUCAAACAGAUCAUUCGUUACACGAGCACCAUCUUCGAAACUGGUGGAAUAUUGGCCGAUCCUGAAGCAACUGGUGAAGAAAAUAAAGAAAGCCUUAAAUCCAUACUUAGUCCAUAUCAAUACGCUAGACUUAAAGUGAACGAUCGUAGUUUGGCGGCAAAAUUCAUUAAAAAUGGUCGAGUCGAUAUGGAACCGUUUAAAAAGCACGUCUCCGAUGAGCUCGAUGAAAUGCUGCAAUACGAUACAGCUUUGUUAUAUAAAUUCUACGACGAUAAUUUCAGAGCUAGUUUGAACAACAUUAACGAAGCAGGUACGUUGUAUAAUUUCGCUUAUAAAGUAGGCCGUUUGCAGAACGCAAAUGUGGAAAAAAUUUUCAAAGAAUACCUACGGCAGAAUAACAUUGAUAAACCGGAAGUCAACUUGAAAGAAGAACCACUUGCCAUGGAAGUGCUUCAUUAUACGAUUAUAAACGAGAUGAUUAAACGAAACGAUGCCAUAGAGAAGUCCUGGUGGUGGAGGUUUUGGUAUUAAAAAUUCUAGCUGUGACGUAAAAGAUAGGUAAUUAGGUAACUACAUUUAUUUUCUCCAGAUAAAAUUGAAAAAGAAUAAAGAUCAAUAAUUAUUUUGUUUUUCAAAAUAAUUUUGUCAAAAAUUACUGCAAU